AUAGUGGCAACAUUGGAAAAAAGUUUAAACAUCGAAAAUUUUAUUCAGGCCGGAAAUUUAGGUAAAGUCCUGAAAUUGUAACAAUACCAAGCAUAAAAAAUGGUUCACCGACUAGAAGAAAAGUUUUUAAAAUAUCAUACCUUCGCAUCACCAGCUAAAAUAUGUAUCAUCAUUUGUAUUUCAUUAGUUUUAACCAUAUUAUCAAUGUACAUUAUAUUUACUUCUAUAAUACCUAAGAAAUCAUCGACCCCAAUUCAAGAAAUAUUCAUAGAAAGCAAGAAAAGGGCUCAUUUCAGAACUAGUUCGAAAUUCCUCAGUGUGACACUGGAUAGUUUUGUGAUCGCUAUGGGUUUUAAGAACUUCAAUACAACUAAUAUGAAGCUGAUAAGAAUGAUGCAGUACUUAUCCCCUGGAUAUCUUAGAGUAGGAGGAACCUUAGCCGAUAAGUUAUUCUUCUCAACUAGUGACCAAAUAAAUGAAAAUGUUCAAAACUUCUAUGAAACAAUGUAUUAUGAGGGUCUCAACAAUUACAACAUUCCAAACUAUACCAUGACUGGUUUGCAGUGGUUACAACUUACAAAAUUAGCAGAAAAUGCUCGUUUAGAAAUAUUUUUUGACCUAAACUCUUUAAUUAGGUUUAGGAAUGGUUCAUGGGAUUAUCGAAAUGCUAGAAAUCUGAUUGAAUUUUCAAAUUACCAUAAACUAAAAGUCAACUGGGAACUUGGGAAUGAGCCAAACUCAUUUGAACAUAAAUUCAAUGAAGUAGUGAAUGCAACACAAAUGGCCCGAGACUUUGCAUUGCUUAGAAAGAUCUUGAACAAAUAUCCAUUCUACAAAAAUUCAUUGUUGAUUGGACCAGAUGUAACUCGACCCCAAAAAAAUCACAAAGAGAGUGAACUGUACUUGGAGGAGUUUUUACAAAAUUCAGUUAAUACCAUUAAUGCAAUAACGUGGCAUCAGUAUUAUAUCAAUGGCCGUACAGCUCAAGCACAAGACUUUCUGAAUCCGAAGAUUUUUGAUUAUUUGAAACACCAAAUAAAAGAGGUAAAGGAAAUUGUGAAGUCUUCCCCCAACCGAAAAGCAGACAUUUACUUAGGAGAGACUUCGUCUGCCUAUGGUGGCGGUGCACCAAACUUAUCAGAUUCGUUCAUUGGGUCUUUCAUAUGGGCAGACAAACUUGGAUUAGCUGCAAAGAUGGGUGUGAGAGUAGUAAUGAGGCAGUCCAUUUUUCAUGGAAACUAUGCACUUUUAGAUAAUAAUUAUGACCCGAAUCCUGAUUGGUGGCUUAGUGUACUUCACAAGAAAUUUAUUGGAGAAGUAGUUGUACCAUAUUAUACAAUUACCUCACCAUAUGUUAGACUAUAUGUAUAUUGUACAAAAAGGGCUUUAUUUGAAAGACAAAAUAAUUCCAUAACAAUUAUGGGAAUGAAUCUAGUUGACAAUGUAGCAAAAAUCAGAAUAAAUGGGCUUCUUUCAGAUAAUUUUGAAGCACCUUCAAAAGUUUAUAGUUUUGAACUAACAUCUGAAGCCCUACAGUCCAAGUCAGUUCUUCUGAAUGGCAAGCCACUGAAGAUGUUGCCAAAUAAUACUUUGCCUAUCUUUGUGCCAGUUUUAAAGAGACUGACUCCCUUUGUUACAAUGUCUCCACAAUCUAUUGCAUUUUGGGUGAUACCAAAUACUAAUGUUAUGGCAUGUUUGUAAGAAAUUGUAGUUUCUUUGUAGAUUGUAUAUACUUUUAUUUAUUUUUAAAAUGUAUGGAGUCAUGUUAAAUUAUAUUAUAUCAAAAUAUAUAAUUGAAAUAAUGGACAGCCUUUGUUAUUCUUUAAAAGAUUAAGAAUGUUUUUAAAUAACAGGCUGAAGUACCCAUAGAUAUGUGUGACUAUACAUCAAAAUAAAUUAAUUCUCUCACAAAA